AUGUCGCUGCAACCCCACCAUCAGCCAGGCCGCCGCUCCGUGGCGGCGCGGGUCAAGCCUGGCGAAACGCCGGAGCAGGCGCUUGAGCGGCGGCUGCGUGAGUCGGCUCAGGUGGAGGAGCGGGUCAUCGACAUCGUGGAUCAGGCAGACUGGGAGCGCCAGCUGAAGCAGGCGGGCGACAAGCUGGUUGUGCUCAACGUGCAGAGCGACCACGUGUGCCAGACGGGGCUGGAGGAGGCGGAGCUGCAGUGGAAGGCGGACCAGAAGGCGGCGCUGGAGCCGUGCAGCGGGCUGAAGCACACCUUUGCACGCACCGCACGCGAGUGCAAGGAUGUCGUGUUCCUGUCGCUGGAGGCCGACACCGACGAGGGCUCUGAGCUGUGUGAUGUUCUGGGGGUGGAGGUGCUGCCCACGGUGCAGUUCUGGAAGGGCGGGGAGAAGGUGUGGGAGCACCGCGGCGUGGUGCGCCUGGACCAGACGCUCGGGGAAGGCGUGCUGUACUACGGCGAUACCGCCGCCAACAACGUCAAGGCCAGCAGCAUCAUCACCGAGCUGGGCUCCAAGCAGGAGCUGGCCGACUUUGUGGCGGCCCAGCCGGAGCGCGUGCUCACGGUGGUGGAUGUGUCGCUGCUCAGCGCCUCCCCCUGCGUGCACAUCUACCCUGCCGUGCUGGCGCUGGCCACCAACUUUGUGGGCUACGCCGCCUUUGCGCGCCUGCUGGGCGACGACAAGCCGCAGCUGCUGGCGGAGCUGGACAUCAAGGAGGUGCCCACCUUUCUGUUCUACCGCAACGGCCAGGAGGUGGGGCGCCACGUGGGCAGCAGCCGCGGGGACCUGAUAGGCCAGAUAUUGGCGCAGCAGGCCAAGCUGGGCAUCCAGGCGCCGCCGCCGCCCGGCGCCGGCCAGCCGCGCGAGAAGCGGCCCAUGCGUCGCGGGCGCAUCAAGCUGGAGCGGUGA